CGAAUGACGCAUGCGCAUUCCGUUCUGUGAUCUUUGGACACGGACAUGGCGCUAAAUUUUUAAGUGUAAACAUACAGGUUUUCAGCCAUAGUGACAACUAGAAGUUUACAUAUUGCAGACUUUGAUGACCGUACUACAAUGGCUGCGAGUGUGGAAGCACUGCAAAGUCCACCCAGGAAGAGAGCGAGGUUAUCACUGAAGCUUGUGAGAAAAGACCAACAGACCAGCAAGGUCAGCGCACCUCUUAGUGAAGAACAAGAAGAGACCAGAGAUGAACAACCAAAAUAUGAAGCAACCGAUGGUGUAGCACCUACUUACAGUGAACCGCCAUCGUCCACCAUUCCAAGCGAGUAUAUGAUAAGCGUAGCUCCGUAUACCGGUCUGCAUAACCUGGGCAACACCUGCUAUCUCAACAGUGUGCUACAAGUUCUAAGGUAUUGUCCAAGCUUUAGCGAGAAUCUGGCGAGACUUUCCGGGUUGGUUUCUGACAAACUCAAGAAGAAUGAUGAAGAAGAAAAGGACGAUACUGCUGUUGAGGAUGAGAGGAGUAGGCGGAGAAGAGUUGAGUUCUUAGGACAGCUUAAAUUGGUUCAAGCAAUGAAUAAAUUGUUCAACACCAUGUCUGAGAAGGAGCAAUCUUACUUGAAGCAGAUGAUGCCAGCUGGUCAGGAAUUAGCUAUGUAUCCUGAAGAAAUCUUGGAAGCUAUCAGGGAAUUGAACUCAAUGUUCAAAGGCUAUCUACAGCAUGAUGCCCAGGAGCUUCUCUGUUGCAUCCUCAGUAACGUCCAAGAGGCUUGCCAGCGACUUGGUGACCUCCAGGAGAACAAAGAGAACCAGACCAAUCAGACUGCUGUCAUGGAUGUACCUUCGGGAACCUGCCUGAAAGCUGUGAGGAAGCUUGACAUGGGCGGAGCUGGUGAUGGUUCGACGGAGAAAGAGUCUGGAAGACUGUUGGGAGGAGGUAGACCCCUCGGUGGAGGUAGGCCUAGGAGUGAAAAGACAUUGAGUGAAAAGAAGUUGGAUUAUAAAGGGCUUGGUAAUGAUACUCUUGUGACUCACCAGGACAACGGCAUUGGUGAUCAUCCUAAUGGGUAUAGUGAUGGAAAUGUUGAACACAUUAAACUAUGCAAUGGUAACAUCACAGGCACUCUGAAAAAGUCUGAGACAAUCAACGGGGUGGUCGUGGGUCACCACGGAGGGAUUUCCCCAAGUAAUGACUCUGUGCGGAGACGAGGGGGGAGGAAGAGCGCCUUGACCAACGGACACUUAUCAGGGAUAGAGUGCAAUGGGAUGAAUGGUAGCCUUCCGGAGACGAACGGAUCGGGAGACGGCGGAAGCUGUAAGAAGAAGCGUCUUGGGAUCGGUCGCCUUGCAUUGCAGCAAUAUUCCCUGGGCAAGUUUGGCAUCGUCAAGAAAGACAAAGCACCACCGGUUGAACAGCGUACACCAUAUGAUGCAUCUCACCAUCAUGGUGCUGACUUUGAUUUGGCCGAGGCUUCGAAGGAAGCGCCUGAAGUUGGAACAUUUGCUUCCAGGAAUGUGACCGCUAAUAACUCCAAUGACCCUGAUAAGUCUGUGGAUACACCCAAAGCUUCUCCGAAAGUGGAGGAUGAUUCGGAGACAGUCGAAAGACUGCAAGGAGAGCAUUCACCACCAGCCACCCAAGACAAGGAAACGUCGACAAAGCUGGAAGAAUGUACCGUCCCCGAGCCACCAACGACCAACUGCGCCCAAACAGCAGUGGUGGAAGGAGUUGGAGACCAGGGUGGGGCAGUGGAGAGUGCAGGUGUUGCGCCUUUGCUGGGUGAGAUGAAAGUGAUUGAGAGGCUCUUUCAGGGUACCCUGGUACUCCAGACACGCUGCCUGGAGUGUGAAUCCUGUUCGGAGAAGAGGGAAGAUUUCCAGGAUGUCAGCGUUCCAGUUCAGAGUAUCCCUGCCUUCACCAGUGAAGAAGAGCAAGGAGAACAUGCCCCAGAUGUCAACCCUCGUAACCUGUCUCUGGGCUGGGCGUUGUCCGAGUUCACCAGUGUUGAGAGACUGACGGAUGAUAACAAGUACUUCUGUGAGCAUUGUUUUCAUCUGACCGAAGCCGAGAGAUCUGUUCUCUUUGGGAGGCUACCCGGUGUGCUUAUCAUCCAGUUGAAGAGGUUCAGUGCUUUCAUUAACUGUUUCUCUCCUGGAGGAUCUGUGUCAAAGGUCAAUGACCAUCUGGCCAUCCCGUUGACCCUGAGCCUCGCCAAGUGGUGUUCUGGAUCUUGUCAGCAGAGGAACACGCCCUAUGAGCUCUGUGCAGUGGUCGCUCACAGUGGGUCAUCUAGCUCCAGCGGUCAUUACAUCGCCUAUGCUCGGGUACCUCAAAAAAAUGCAGAAUCCCAAUCCUGUGAUGCAGACUCCGGAGCCCAAGAUCAGUGUCCCAUGAAAGAGUCCUGGGCUAAGUUUGACGACGACAGAGUUCAGGUCCUGUCCGACGAGGAGUUUGAAUCCCUGGUGAAUCCUCUGCAGGGCAACGACUCGGCUGCUACUCCUUACCUUCUGCUCUACAAAGACACUUGUCAGAUCGCAAGAUGAAAUUAUGGAGAUCUUUGAAUAUUUCUUGUUUCUUUAUGAUUAUACAUAAUAAUAGAUAGGCUGCAGAUAACAUACCUCACCUGAACCAUAUAGAGGAAGUGUGGGAGUUCAGCUUUCUUUUAUUUAUGUUUUUUGUUAAUUUUUUUUUAACUUUAAUCAUUUUGUGAAUUAUUUUAUAAAAGUGUAAACAUUAUGGCAAAGUUUAUAGAGUGGUUUUUCAGCUCUGUUUAUCUUUGGUUACUCUCAUCCAUGCUCUUGUAGCUGAAAAUUGUUUUGCAAAGGACCAAAUUGAACUUCCUUCAUUCUAAAAAAAAAAUAUGUGAUGAAAUAUACUAUUAAAUGUUGAAUUGAAAUGAAUUUAUUUAUUCUCCAAAAAGUUUUUCAAUAAUAAUAAUAUUAAAACAUGAGAUUUGUAUAGCGCACUUUCCAUCUUGAGUAGAUGCUCAAGGUGAUUCAGAGCAGAGCAACAAAAAACCAAAACAAAUUACAUAUAACACACGUUUGAAUAAUAGGUCAGUGUUUGUCAAAAGACUCUCUGAUACAGGUAUGUUUUCAGGUUGCCCCUGAAGUGUAGUAAUAAUUAUACUUGCUUAUAUAUUGCUUAACUCUUACUCUAUCAGAAGUCUCUAAUAUGCUUUUCACAUUGCAUUUCCUUAACCCCAUACUAUUCUUAGCCCUGGACUAUCCUUAACCCCAUACUAU